AUGUCUCGUGUCGUCAUAACCAGAAAACAAACUUUCCUAUUUUUGGAAGCUUUCCUGUCAAACGUUAGCAAUGCGACUCGAGAUUAUAUUUCUGCUUUUUGUAUACUUUGUACAACUUUAUGCAUUUAAAAUGCAUAAAGUUGGUGGAACUACCAAGGAAAAAGUUGCCGAUGAAGAAGUGCAAAAAAUAUGCGAUGAGAUGAAGUCUCAGGUCGAGGAUAAAGCUGGGCGGACUUUUGACGUUUUCGUCGCCAAAUCUUAUAAAACGCAAGUUGUUGCGGGGACCAAUUACUUCAUCAAGGUGCAUGUAGGUGGAGACGACUUUAUACAUCUACGUGUUUAUCAAACUCUGCCCUGCUAUGGUGAAAAACUGGAGCUACACGGCCUGUUGACAUCCAAGACUCAUCAUGAUGCUAUUAAAUAUUUCGCCCAGAACCUCUAGGAAGACACCCAGGCAUAAUAUUUCCUACAAUUGAUCCAAGGAACAUCAUAUUGUGUAACCAUGAGUAAAAGAUAAUGUAAAUUUUGUUUUUAUCUAAUUCUGCCUUCACGUGCUAUCAGUAAUUUGAUCAUUCCAACUUCUUAAGCCGUGAUUACGAAUUUGUUGUCUUCAGGCAGAGGCGUCAUGCACCUAAUAUUUUAAGGGGGCACACGCACAGUGUGCAGCUAACCUUCAUACUGCGUAGCCAGGAAAGAGGUGUGCAUCUGAAAAUCUGGCUGUGCCACAUUUAUUGUCAUAUUACUGUGCAAAAUUAUUAACCAUAAGCAUAUAACCAUGCUAUAAUGGCACCAUGUAGUGGAUUCUUAUUUCUGUGCCCUGACAGUAUGAUUCAGUUAUGUCACAGAACUGCCAGCCAGAUGCAAACUGCUUUUGCGCGUUGGUUGGCGCUGAGCUAGAGACGGACGUGGGAAAUAAGCACAGUUGAUUGUAACCCUUGACUUUCAAGAAAAAUAUUAUGGAAAUAUUGUGAUAAAUGUGUGUGUUUUAGAACAACAAUUUCCAUAAUAUUUUUUCUUGAAAAAAAAUGAUGACAGAAUUUUCAUUUUGCGUGAACUAUUACUUUAAUAAAGCGUAAAAAUAUCGUACGUUAACUGCAGUAAUUCAGUAAAAGUUUUUCAGGUAAUUUAAACUCCAUGAUAAACCUUAAACUUACUUCAAAUAGCAGAGCUCAACAUAAAUAUGGAUUAAUCUUUAUAACGAAGUUACAGAAGUUAGUCAGUCAGGAGCUGUGAGUGAUUUUCUUUAUUUUGAUAUUUAAUUAACUUUGAUGAGAGACUAAACGAGAUUAUGGCUUAUUAUACGACCGAAUGCAAUCAAAUGUUUAUUAGACAUACAGUAACCAAUGAAAAUCACUAAGACAUCGAUGCAUAUGAGCAUUUUAAGUCAAAAAGACGCGAACAUAAGUCGUUUAAGCUCUGUCUGUGCACGCGCGCUAUUGGUGGGUAUGAGGCGCGUCGUUCAAGUUCAAGGUGGCAAUCCAGUCCAACUAAUAAUAUAGUAUAGCCUAUAAAGAUCACUUCAAGAAUAAAAACAUUGUGUUGGGUUUUGUUGUAAACAGAAAUGCUAAUCUAAGACUUAAUUUUGUCCACAAAACAAUUACUAUAAGCUACAUUCCAGCCUAUAUACGCUGAAAUCAUAUUAGCAAUGUACAAUUUCAUUACAAGCAUUAUCAUGUAUACAUUUAUCUUUUGUUUGUAUGACAAGUAUUAAUAAUGGAAAAACGAAAUUAAACGAAUAGCAUGCA